AUGCGACUUCUGCGCAGUGUGGGUAGAGGCCUCAUCAGUGCUACGGCGCGGAGACCCGGUCGUGGCACUGGCGAUUUGAGUUGGCAGCGCGACUAUGGUGAGAAGGUCUCAGACAUUGUGCCGACUCGCGGCGCCGCACAGUCUGUGCUGCUGGUGAGAGAGAAGGAGGUGGAAUCCAGGAAUUUGGCUGGGAAGAUCGAAUGGCAACUCAGCGCCAAAGACCUUUCCCCUGAGGCUAGCUACAUCGCGGCCACAACGUCUGAGAAUAGCGUGUGUCUUCUAGCCUCGACCAAGGCUGGUGCUGUGGUGCAGAAAGCGGACUUCAGUGGCAAGAUUCUGGAGAAGGUGGAUGCAGACUUCGAGCUUCGCAGUGCCAAAGAUGCCAUGGUGGUGGACGCACACCUGGUCGUGCUGGCGGACGGCGCGUUAUCGGUGCAUCCAAUUUGUGCCAGCGGCGAAAGCCAAAGCAUUGAGCUUCUCAAGGCAAAAUCUGGAUCCUGGCGACUUCAACCAUGGCAGCAGACCAAAGGUGUCUUCGCCAUCACCGACGGUGUCAGCACUUCGGUUUUCAGCUUUGGUGGUUCAGCAGGACUUCGCCAGCUCAAGUCGUUGGACCAGGUGGCCGUGGUGGGCCCCGUCUUCGGCGUCAGCGACGACGAGACCGGGCAGCUGGUGGCCUUGGCCUUCGCCAAAGCUGAGGGCACCCAGAUCCAGCUGAUGGACCCUGCAUCUGGCAAUGUGCAGCCAGCUGUCAGCAUUACAGGGUACACUGCCACGGAACGGGGCGAGAGCCAGCUGCUCUUGGUGCAUGAGCUCCGGAGUGGGGAACAUCGCGCGGUGAUCUCCGCCGCGGACCAUUCGUUGGUUGGAAUCCAGUCUUCCAAGGUGAUCUGGGUAAGAGAAGAGGGCCUUGCCACCAUCCAACAGGCGGAUCUCUAUAGUCGUCACACCACCGCGGACAAGCGCUCAGAGGACAAAUCCGUAGGGGCACAGCUGGCGAAUCUCCCAGCCCACUUGGCCGAACUGCUCAAGGCACCCUUUGAGAUCCUGACGUACCUCUCCAGUGUCAUCAUGGCCAGAAGGCAGCGGAAGGAGACUGGUUUGCUGCUUCUUCCUGAUGCAACGGUACCAUUCAGCAGCGAGGACGUCCGGGACUUCCGGACUUCGGGAUGCCCUAAUAAAUUCAGUGCUGAAGUGGCGGAUUUGCUGAUAAAGAUAGGUGGUGAAUCGCCCAGCAUUGCCUGGCAACAGCCCAUCGUUGGAAGUGGAUCCUACUAUGCACGACUUGGUGCAGCAGGAAAAUUGCUGUCACGAUGCAAAGAGAAGAACCGCCAGAUGCGAUGCAUCGAGCUCAUUGCGUCAGAGAAUUUCACCAGCCGCGGUGUCAUGGAGUGCUUGGGCUCUGCAUUGACCAACAAGUAUUCCGAGGGCCAGCCAGGAAAUCGCUACUACGGUGGCAAUGAGGUUAUCGACAAGGUGGAGAAUCUGUGCAAGUCUCGUGCGUUGAAAGCCUUCAAUCUGGAUGAGAAGGACUGGGGUGUGAACGUCCAGCCCUACAGUGGAAGCCCAGCGAACUUCGCUGUCUACACGGCACUUCUGCCGCCGCACAGUCGUGUCAUGGGAUUGGACUUGCCAUCGGGUGGACACUUGACACAUGGCUACUACACCGCCAAGAAGAAGAUCAGCGCCACUUCGAUCUACUUCGAGUCGUUGCCGUAUCGAGUGCAUCCUGAGACCGGGCUGAUCGACUUUGAUGAGCUCCGAAAGACAGCUUUGGUCUUCCGGCCAGACAUGAUCUUGUGCGGUGCUUCCGCCUAUCCGCGCAUCAUCGACUUCGCUCAAUUCCGCCGCAUCGCGGACGAGGUGGGUGCCAUUCUGAUGGCAGACAUUGCGCACAUCAGUGGCCUCGUGGCCACUGGAGAACAUCCAAGUCCCUUCGAACAUUGCGAUGUGGUGACGACCACCACGCACAAGUCCUUGCGAGGGCCACGUGCUGGCAUGAUCUUCUUCAAAUAUUCGGAGAAGAUUCCGGACAUCAAGGAGCGCAUCGACAUGGCCGUCUUCCCAGCAUUGCAGGGUGGACCCCACAAUCACCAAAUCGGCGCUUUGGCCGUGCAGCUCCUGGAGGUGGACAGCCCAAUGUUCAAGGAGUAUGCCAAGCAGGUGAAAGCCAAUGCCAAGACGCUGGCUGAUACUUUGAUGGGCAAAGGUCACAAGUUGGCUUCGGAUGGCACAGACAACCACCUUCUGCUUUGGGACCUGCGACCCCAUGGUCUCACAGGUUCAAAGCUGGAGAAGAUCUGUGAAGCUGCCUCUAUCACCUUGAACCGCAACGCCGUGCACGGUGAUGCCUCAGCCCUGAGUCCCGGUGGUGUGCGAGUCGGGGCACCAGCCAUGACCACCCGAGGGUGCACUCAGGAGGACUUCAAGAAGAUCGGUGAGUUCUUGGACCGCUGCUGUCAGAUCGCUCUGAAGAUCCAAUCUGAAAAGGGCAAAAAAUUGAAGGACUUUGAGGCAGCCAUCCCAGGAUACGCAGAGGUCCAGACCUUGAAGAGGGAGGUGGAAGAAUGGGCCGUCAAGUUUGGCUACCCUGGCCUCUGAGAUACUCUGAGUCUACUGCACCGUGUCAAAACCUCACCUGCAGAGUUCAGAGAUCAAGAGAGAUCAGAUAUCCCAUGAUAUUCAGACAUGCUCAGACCAUGUCAAUUGAGUUCACAAUGCAAACGUUGAGCUAUGGAUUCCACAUGCUUCCACAGGGCUGUGUGUCAGCUUUUAUCUUGGCAGCGGAAAUCAGAUCCUGCCAAGUCCAAUGAAUUGGCGUCCUGGCAGCGCAGCGAGGAAUCCUGCCAGCGAUCCACCAACGCGAACAAAA